AAUUAUUAGAAUAAUGUAAACACCGUGUAUGCGACAAAAGUGCUGUGUAAAUAAUGACCAACGAGUUGGUUUAACAUUGUCUGUGUCGACAUGAAACUGUACUCACGGUGGCGCAGUAGACCAGCUUUAAAAUCAUUGAACGCCCUUUUUUAUUUUGUCGUGGAGUGGCGUGCUUGAAUGUCAGUGAUUUUGUAGACCACAUUGUUCUCCUGCCCGUUCGGAAGGCGCGCGUAAUGGGUUCGAAAAUGUCCUUGUUUCCAUCGCGCAUCUUUUAUUUCCUUUUCCUUUUGCUGCAUUCCGCACACGGAGACGUGAGCUUUUCCUUCCCCGAGGAGAUGAAACGAGGAUCGGUUAUUGGGAAUUUAGCCAAGGAUCUCGGACUGGAGGCGAGCGCGCUGUCCGGCAGAAAAGCGCGCAUCGACGCCGACGGGAGCGGAAAACGUUACUGUGAUCUUAACGUGAGAAACGGAGAGCUGAUUGUGGCCGACAGGAUUGACAGAGAGGGGCUUUGUGACGACAGGGCUUCAUGUGUCCUAAAAUAUGAGGUGGUCCUGGAGAAUCCACUGGAGCUCCAUCGAAUUAAUUUGCACAUUCAGGAUGUAAAUGAUAACGCCCCUCUGUUUAAGGAUGACUUAAUUGAUUUGGAGAUAAGGGAGUCAGCCGUCAAAGGGGCUCGUUUUGUGAUAGAGGAGGCCCACGAUGCGGAUGUAGGACAAAAUUCAGUUCAGCAGUACUUGCUCAAGAAAAAUGAUAAUUUCGUUUUGUCUGUCAGUGGUAACACAGUAGAGCUCGUUCUUGACAAUGAACUUGACCGUGAACAAAAGCAAGACAUUAAUUUGCUUCUCACAGCUUUCGAUGGCGGCUCUCCUCGGAGAUCAGGCACAGCGGUCAUACAUGUCACCGUGCUGGAUGCUAAUGAUAACUCCCCAGUGUUCAGCCAGGCCGUUUAUAAAGGCAGUUUGCCUGAAAAUUCUCCUCCUAACACAAUAGUGAUAAAUGUGAGUGCUAGCGAUGCAGAUGAAGGGGUGAAUGGGAAUGUGACUUAUGAUUUUGGACAUGUGACAGAACAUGUUAAGAAGUUAUUCAGCAUUGAUCGUAAAGUGGGUGCUAUCGCUGUAGUUGGCACUGUUGACUAUGAAUCUAGCACAUCAUAUGAACUACGUGUGAAAGCCAAAGAUGGGCUCGGGCUAUCCUCUUAUGCAAAGGUGAUUAUUUCUAUCACUGACAUGAAUGACAACGCCCCUGUGAUCAAUUUAAAAUCUCUGUCUAAUUCAGUUGCAGAGAAUGUGUCACCUGGUACAGAGGUGGGCAUCAUUAAUGUGCAGGACAGAGACUCUGAAAAGAAUGGAAAAGUGCGUUGCUCCAUUGAACAAAACGUCCCCUUUAAAUUAGUUCCUUCAAUUAAAAACUAUUAUUCUUUAGUGACCACUGGUCAACUUGACCGUGAACUUGUGUCUGAUUACAACAUUACAAUCAGUGCCACUGAUGAGGGCUCACCUCCGUUGUCCUCUUCAAAAAAUGUUCACUUGUCUGUAGCAGACAUCAACGACAACCCACCUGUGUUUGAGGAGCAGUCCUACAGCACAUAUGUGAGUGAAAAUAACAAAGCUGGCUCCACUUUAUGCUCUGUAAGUGCCCGAGACCCCGACUGGAGACAGAACGGCACAGUAAUUUAUUCUCUGUUACCUUCUGAGGUGAACAGUGCUCCGGCAUCCUCUUACAUUUCUGUGAACGGAGACACGGGGGUGAUCCACGCUGUCAGGUCGUUUGACUACGAACACUUGAGGAGUUUUCAAGUCCAUGUCAUGGCCCGAGACAACGGUUCUCCUCCGCUGAGCAGCAAUGUAAGCAUCAGCGUGUUCAUAUUGGACGUGAACGACAACUCUCCUCAGAUACUGUACCCUGCCCCAGAGGGCAACUCCUUCAUGACCGAGCUGGUCCCCAAAGCUGCACACGCAGGCUCUGUGGUGUCCAAAGUGAUCGCGGUGGACGCCGACUCGGGACAGAACGCCUGGCUGUCCUAUCAUAUUGUCAAGUCCACAGACCCGGGACUUUUCACCAUUGGUCUCCACAGUGGCGAGAUCAGGACCCAGCGGGACAUUUUGGAGUCUGACAGCAUGAAACAGAACCUGAUUGUGGCCGUGAAAGAUAACGGACAGCCCCCUCUCUCUGCCACCUGCUCCAUGUAUUUACUUAUUUCGGAUAACUUGGCCGAGGUGCCAGAACUGAAGGACAUUUCUUAUGAUGACAAGAAUUCCAAGUUGACCUCUUACCUGAUCAUCGCGCUGGUGUCCGUGUCCACUUUCUUCCUGACCUUCAUCAUCAUCGUCCUGGGUGUGAGGUUUUGUCGCAGGAGAAAGCCCAGACUGUUGUUUGAUGGAGCAGUUGCCAUCCCCGGCGCGUAUCUGCCUCCUAAUUACGCAGAUGUUGACGGCACAGGAACUUUACGCAGCACCUACAACUAUGACGCCUACUUGACAACAGGUUCCAGAACCAGUGACUUUAAGUUUGUUUCGUCCUACAAUGACAACACGCUGCCUGCUGGCCAGACUCUGAGGAAAAGUCCGAGUGACUUUGAUGAGAUGUUUGGUGAUGCUGAAGGUUCUACUGAGGUAUGAUCAAUACUCUCAAUUUACUAUGUUUCCCAAAGGCAUUCAACUCUGAAACAGUUGCUCGUGUGCUGUUUGGGUUUAUCCAAGCUGAUAAUUGGUGAAAAGCAGACUUUUUACCAAAUUGGUAAUCACUCUUAUCACAAAUAUUUCUUCCUAUUUAAUUUAUUGCUUCCUUGGCCCUUACAGCCAGCUUUUCUUGGGAUCCACGUGAUUGCUUCAUGGCUUUACUUGUCAUUGGUCAGCUCUUAAGAUUGAUAACACCUCACCCC